AUGCUCGAUAUUCGCUCGGAGUUGCAGCCGCGACCCCGAUUUCUGGGGUGCAUACUGUCAAAAAUUGAUUGUGCGCAUUUUCGCUUCUGCGCGUCUGUAGGUGCUGUUAUGGCAAAAAGGGUGCACGAUGACGCAUUGGAAGGUGUAUCUGACAAGAUACAAAGGCUCUGGAGAAGUCGAAAACGGUUGGGGAGCUCAGAUAAACAGUUGUUGAUCGAAGAUAUCAAACAUGAAGUUCACAAUUCUGGAGUGGACCAUGAUGACUUGACUCGUUUGUUUGAUAUCAUCUUUGAAGAUUCCACUCCUUCCCACUUUUCAGCGCUGCAGAAAAAGUAUAUGAUAAAGGCAUUGUGCAUAUUCUCAACAAAUAAUACCAUCCUGGACCUGUUACUCGAUCGUAUCCUAAGUAAUAUCGGUGAACCUAAAAUGUAUUAUGUCAAUGGCACCAGAACCAAGCAAUCACGACUACCAAGAAGUAUCCAAAUAGAACUCUUGGACUGGCUACUCUGCUCCCUCCACUUGUUCGGUCCCAAGAUAGUUGACUUUCUCUACCGAAGACUUCCUAUUCUCCUCCAUUUGUUGUCGUACGAAUAUUCUCGCCGAUACAUAUCUCAGCUAGUUUUCGUGGGGUUGAUGGAAUCAGGAGGUAUGUUUCAUGGCUCUAACAAUGGAUCGCUACCUCUCAAAAAAUGGCAUAUAAAAUUGGUGUUGGAUUUACAUCUAAAGUUCCCUUUAGAUGAGCACCUCAAGCUUUUGUUAUGCUUGUUCACCAAAAUAGAUCCUGCUUUGAACUACAGGCGAUUUACAGAUGGAAAACCAAUAUCUAUCAGUACCUCUGGUAGCCUCUUUCGAAUACCUGACGACGAAUUUUUCAACAUAUCAAGUGCUAUCAAUAACAACUUCCAUCGCAGCACUUCCAACUAUCUACUUCAGCAAUUUUCCAAUUUUGACCAACUUUGCAGAAACAAACGAGGGUUUAGGAAAAUUGAUUUUGAGCCAUCUUCAACCUUAAAUGAAAAUGAGGUUUCCAUUACUGAUAUUUACGAUAUUGAAGGCUUGAUCCGCAACUUUAAUCGUAUAAGCUAUCCAAACUCAUGGCUGGUUCUCAGAUUGCGAGAUCACUCCAACUACAGCGUUUUGUCAACCAAGAUUAAAUUGAUAUACGUUACUCUUCGUUUGCUAGCAGGCGAUGAAAAGUUACAAUCAGAAAUGCUUUACUUUAUGAAGACCAGCCUUCAAGAUAACAUCGAGCAGAAAGAAGCAUCACUAUACUAUGAUAGACUCAACAGGUUAUUCGCCAUAUCAGCUGGUAUAGCUGCACCCGAUUUAAAUGCAGAUUUUCUACAGGACACACUGCAAAACAUCAUCCACAGGAUCAGUCUCAUGAAAUUCGAAACCGUUGCGGACUCUCACAACUUUGGGAGCAAGCUACUUCUCCCUCCACAGUGUCAAUGGGACUCUCAACACCACUUCUCCCAAGUGAUCCUGCUAUGGUUGAUUGAAUUUACAUCUUUCAUCAAGUGGUGGUUACAAGAUUUACAGGACCAGAAUUUUGACCAGACUGAGGUCGUCCUGCUGUUGAACACAAUGCUAGGUGCUGUCUUUACUUUUCUUUCCGAGCAUAUUGCUAAUGUCGACUUAACUGUCCAGGUUCUGUCUGUUUACCUCUUCAAGUUCAUUGAAUCAAUGGAUGAGCAAUUAUUCGGCUCAUUAAGCGAUGGUGCUGUUUUGUUUCCACCCAUACUACAUGCUAAGAUGUUGCUUUGCAAGCAUCCGUUUGUCAUAUCGGGAUACUGCGAUUACCUUUUGAAGCUAAAAAACAGGCAAUUUUCAUCGGAAACUGCAAAGUUAUUAUAUACUACUGCACUUCUCGACACCCUCAAUUAUCUUUGGCGAGACAAAGCGCUCGAAAUACAAAGUAAUGAAAAAGUUGAGAGAAGUCAGGUAUUGUCCCUCCAUCGUUCCAUGAUAGACAAGUUGGGAAUGUUGCCAACGUUUGGCUAUUCCAAUAUACUUGAACGAUCUACAUCAGGUAAUUUGUUUCACAACCCCUCAUUUGCCUAUAUAUCUUGCCAAAUUGUUCGCAGGAUAGAGGAUAAGGCAAAUGAUAUUGAGACAAGACAUGACGGUCCCAUCAAGAGGGCAAGUGUGUUGCAAUUGAACGCCAGUUCGGAUGUGAAAUGGAUAGGCAUGAACUACGACGAGGUGAAAGUAGCGGUCUUAAGCGAGCUUGAGGAAAGUGGAUUUCAUGGCUUAUGCAACUUGAUAUACCAGUCCAUUUCUUCAUUGGUUGAUAAGCGGAAAUAA